AUGAUUGAACUCCGAAUAGUUCAAACAGAGAUUGAACGAGCAAUCUCGAACUACUUCUGCCAACAGCAGCCAGCGUACAGCAGUAGACGUACAGCAACAAGAAAAAAGAAGAAGAAGAAGAAGAAGAAGAAGAAGAAGAAGAAGAAGAAGAAGAAGAAGAAGAAACUGUCUAGAUCAGUGACUCAAAACCUAUUUGAAAAUUGUGGAAGCAGUCAUCGAGAAAAACGUCAGCUCGAUCCUAAGAGAAGUGUGGUUAGUGGGACGCAUCUCGUGUCUCGCGUGUGUGGCUUCGUGUUGGAAGUGACAGAUGAUGUCUGA